AUGCGGAUCGGUUCAGGGGCGAAGCUGGCAAUCUGCGUUGCGGUGUCCGUCCCAUGCGAUGCUCAGUUUCGCAACUGGCAGAGUGAUCAGGUGAACACUAGUAUUUGCGUAUGGAGUCAACCAAGAGCUGCGUUGAUUCGUGAUACCGUCUAUCUCGAUGGCGGUGAGAUAUGGUGGACUCCCGGUCUGGCCUCCGGAGAACUUGGACAGGUUUUUGGCUCAAGCAACCCAGAAGGGAUCGUUUUAUCUUACAACUUCUCUGAAUCCUUCUCAAAAGGCUCCAAUGUCACUGGUAUACUGGUGAAGGAUAAGCUCUCCAAGGCAAGGGGUGGAUUAUCGAGUGGCAUCAGCUCAGAGCCAAGCUACUACGAUGGAGGCAUGUUGGCCAACGAUGCCGAAUUCUUCCUUUACGGAGGUGCGUUAUUCGCCAACAAAGAAUUAUACGAUGCGCCGGCAGCGAAUGAAGUACUAGGCUAUCGCAAGUACCCCUAUGGUCCAGACAAACCUUUAUGGGGCACAUCAUUCACUGGACGUAAAUUGAACGAUGGCGUAACUCGGUACGUUGCUUAUGGCGGUGCUGUCAGCGCUCCGUCAGAAAAUAAGGCAUGGUACUUUUCUGGCCUCACAUCUCCGACCAGGGGCCCGAUAGAAUAUAAUGCUCCCCCUAAUGGUACGACACUGGCUACAAACGUGUCCAACACGCUGAUUGAGCUGGACAUGGCGGAGCAGAUUUUCGAAAAGUGGUCCAACAUAACUCUGCCAGACAAAGUCAAGGGACGAGCCAACCCUGAGGUUGUCUGGGUACCCGUCGGGAAGCAGGGCAUUCUCGUGGUUUUGGGCGGCGUUGUAUAUCCAGAGUGGUCAUCUGUAAGCCGUUCCUCACCGAAUGCGUCGGAAAGUAAACUGAGGAGUCCGGACUUUAUGCGUCUGAUUGAUAUUUAUGACAUCGCCAACAAGGAAUGGUAUCAACAACCAACUGAAGGUGGCCCAGGGACAAGAACUCGAGGUUGUGCGGUCGUAGCAACCGCCGCGGACAAAUCCAGCUUCAACAUAUACUACUACGGCGGUUUCGACGGAAUACGCAUGAAGGACGACUUCUACGACGACGUUUGGGUCCUGUCGCUACCUUCUUUCACAUGGACACUGCUGAACAAGGGAACGCCCGUCCAUGGUCGUUCAGGACACAAAUGCUUCAUGCCAUACCCGGAUCAAAUGAUGGUUAUUGGAGGUUAUACCCCCCUCAGAGGAGCUUCAAUCACCUGUUUAGACCAAGGGCCCAUCGUGGUCUUCAACUUGACGAGUGGAUCAUGGAUGGACGGGUACUCGCCCUCAAAAUAUGGCGAGUACGGCGUUCACGAAAAGAUAACCGCAAAUAUCGGAGGCACAGCAUCCGGAGGAGCCACGGCCACAGCUCCCCUGCCAUCCGGAUGGGCAUCAAAGGGCUUAGGUGAAGUCUUUUCAACGGCAUAUGACACGAAGAAAAUGAAGCAAUACUGGCCGUAUAAGUCUUCGUCGUCGCCGCAACCGACGGCCACAACUUCUAUCCCAGAUGACUCUGCGCAAUCUCAAAGCAAUCUGCUUUCUAUUAUUCUUCCGGCGGUUCUCGUCCCCGUAGCUGUUGCAAUUGGAAUCGGCGUGGCAAUCUGGUACUUCUGCGUCAAGAAGAGGAGGUCUGCUGCUUCGUCGUCAGCCUCGACGGCAGUUGAAAGUGGACUGAACAUUGUUAACUGGGUUAGAGGCCAGGGGGCGUUCAAGAGGUCCAUGAUGAGUGAAUCGCCUGAUAAGCUGGAGAGUGAGGCUUCUCCCGCUUCUCCAGAUGGGUUGAGGGAGGGGAGUGUUGUUGCUGCUUCGCCGGUGGUAGAGAAAACGGAGACGUUGCCUCAUGAGAUGGAAGAUACGCAAGUUUCUGAGCUUUGUGAUACGUCCUCACCCGCAGAACUACACGACACUGGCUUCACGCCGAUGAGUGCAUUCCAACACAAAUUCGCCUCCUUUGCGUCCGAAGUACCAUAUUCGCCAUCUAGUCCCUCUCAAUCCAACGGACAAUGGGGCGCAGAUGGCGCAAGCGCUGCUUCCCAAUCACCGAAUGUUGAAAGACAAUGGAUGGAGUCUCCCAUGCUGGCCAACUGGUCACAAUUACCCUCCGAAUUAGCGACACCUCAUGUCUCUAUUCUUGGGGUUCCUUCACAAGCCCCUGGCUCUGAGAAUAUCACCGCCGAAGAUGAUGCUCGCGAAGAUGGGCAAGUGUCUCCGGAGACGGCGCCAGAGAGGGUCGGCAGCGACUACAUCACUGCUGGGAAUAUAAUCAGCCCGUUGGGUAGAAGUCCGUCUGGGGCAACUGAGGACCGAUUAUUUCACGAUGAGCAUUAG